AUGCCUAGCACCACGCUCGGCGUGGUUCUAUCGAAUUCGCCGACCGGUGUGUUUGUGAAGCAGUUCAGUUCGCCGACCAGUUUGGCGCAAAGUACCGGCAAAAUUGAAAUUGGCGACGUUCUAUCGGCUAUCGAUUCGCUCCCUGUGAACACGACGCUGGACGCAAAGAAUCUCAUAAGUCGUACGAAUCGGCCGAUUUUGUCGUUUUCGCGUCGCUGCGUCGUUCGAUUGAUUGACCACUUUGACCCAAAGGAGAAACGGAGUCGUUCUGCGGAGAAGAAGAAGCAAUUAGAAGCCAUUCAAAGCGAGAUUCAUCGCAUUGAGUCCGCGUUAGCGAACCGAAUCCCCACCACGCCGCGCCCUGCUUCCAUGCUGAGCUCGAUUCUGCAGAAACGGCUGCGCGCCGACAUGCACGCAGGCUCGAUUUCUCCGGAAGUGUUCAUCAAACGCUUCAAAUUCCUGCAAGUGCUUUCCGGCCAUUGCAACACGCCCAUCUACGGCCUCGCUGUCGACAAAACCGACCGCUUCGCCUUCACCGGCGCGGACGAUCAUCUCAUCAAAAUCUGGGACAUCCACUCGGGUAAUCUCCUGUCCCGUUUCUCCCUUUUCUCCAUUUCUAGCCGCACCAUCCGCGGUCAUCGCAGCAAAAUCACCGAUCUCGCGCUCACCGACUCCAACUCCAUCCUCGCCAGCAGCAGCGAGGACGGCUGCGUCAUGUUCUGGGACAUUUCUCCGCUCCUCGCCCACCCCUCCGCCGACCCCUGCUACCACUACCUCGCCUCCUGCUCCACCCACCGUCGCUUCGUCUGCCAGCUUCGCUACGACCCGCUCAACAAGCUUCUUUUCUCCGUCGCGGGCGACGGACUCGUCUGCGCCUGGAACCCCGAAGCCAUCGAUCCCGCCAACCCCCACGCCAGAAAGCACGUGACCGAGCGCGAGCUCGCCGUCUUCGCCCUCCCUCACGGCUCUACCGUCCUCCAGAACCGCGGGGAGCCCGCGCCGCGCGACAACUCCGUGCUCUUCUGCGACGUCAGCUGGGACGGGCGUUUCAUCGCGACCGGGGCGGCGGACGGCGCGGUACGGAUCUGGCGGAUCCCCGAGAUUCAGCGGAACCGCGCGGGGAUGACGCAGCAGCUGCGGAGCGAGCAAUCCGCGGGACUGCUGGUGCAGACGCUGCGCGGACACUCGAAGGACGUGGAAACGGUGAUCUUCGCGCAUCGGAGCUACGAUCUGCUGACGGCGUCGGAGGCGGAGCGCAACGCGUGUCUGUGGCGGUGCAACGGGGAUUUCUCGGUGUGCGAGAAGACGGUGCUGCACUGCGAUAUCAAUUUCUCGAAGUGCCGGUCCAAAGUGAAGCUGAGCAACUGCGUGUGGAGUCAGGAUGACCAGCAUGUCGUCACGUCGUCCUGGCUCAAGCGGAUCGAGAAGAAAAAAACCGUUUUUGAUGUGGAUAUCAAGGUUUGGAACGCGCAGACCGGAGCCAUCGAAUUCGUGCUCAACCGCGAUGAAACGCCCGUGAUCACGGGACCCAUCAGCAGCAUGUAUCUUCAUCCCGAAUUCCCCUCGAUUUUGGUCACUUCGUGCUGGAGCGGGAAUCUCUGCUUCUGGGAUUUGGAAUCGCAUUCCUUGCUUCAUAAAAUCUCCAAUACCCAUUUCGCGGGACACAGCAAUCGGUACUUUUUGAACGACCCUGUCCCUAUUUUGGAUUUCCGGUUUACCCGCGAUUCGCACCACAUUCUCGCCGUCGAUGACGAUGGUUCCUUGCUAAUUUAUGGCGUGGGGGUCAAAAGCAGUUACUCCCUUUCCUUUAUGUACCAAUACUUUUCGCUCGACAAUGGCCCUAUUCUGGAGGAAUCACGGUACCCGAUCGACCACGCUUCGGAAACGCCCUGCGAGUUAAUUCCGAACGGUCCGCUCCUCGAUUAUCUCCGUGCUCCCUAUCAAUACCAGCAGAUUCCCGCGGAAAUCGACGCGUCGUGGGCGUCGUACCGCGAAUCGGAGGUGAAAGAGAAUUGGAAUCGGUUGGUGGAGGUCGCGCGGGAAGAGCGAGUGGACGAAGAACGGGAGAAUGAGGACUAG